AUGGGCAGCCAGGAUCGUCCGUCAUUCUUUUGCUCUCGUCCCGAUGGGACUUUGACUCCUCUUCUCGCUGUUGACGACCUUCCUCUUUCCCUGUCUGUUCGUAAUGUGUCUCGCACUCUGACCCCCGGUGACACCCAGGGUAUGACCAGCUGCGGUGUUGCUGCUCCUCGCAGCGAUCCUUGGGUUGUUGAUGGACCUCCUACUGGAUCUCGCGUUGUCAACGACGAGAAGAUGAACGAUCUCCAUGCCCUGCUUUUCAAGAUCCUUCGUGAAGAGGAGGUUGGCUGUGAAAUUCGUUCUUCUAUUCAGGAGAUUCUCUUCCGUGGAUUUGAUACUCAGUCCUCUGUUCCCCUUCCCGCUCCCUCGGCCAUCGUUGCUGCUUGUCAGACUCCCCAGGUUGCCCCUCACUUUAGAUAUGGAGGCAACUUCCAGGGAGGCAAUCCUCAGGGAAAUCACAAGCAUCCUCACAAUAAGAAGCAGUACUGCUCUUACUGGAUCCGCCACGGCGAGUGUGACUACUCGCAACAGGGUUGUCUGUACAAGCAUGAGAUGCCCAUGGAUCUUGUCUUGCUCGACAAGUUGGGUCUACGUGAUAUCCCUCGUUGGUACCGUGAGAAGUACGGUGUGACCAGUCUGCUGCAGUCCAGCUAUAGCAACAAUCGUGGCCAGAACCAGUACCAAAUCUCCGAGCAUGCUCAUCAGCUUGUCCACCAGCCUACUCAGCAGCCUGCCCAGCGUUCUCUUGAGUGGAGCCCCUCUGCUGAAACUCCCGACACCCGUGAGCACCGUACUAAGCAGGGCCGUUACAAGUCCCCCAAGUCUCCCCGUGGUCCUGGCUUCCAGUCUGGUAAGAGCCGUGGCAACUAUACCAAGGGUCAGGGUCAGGGUCGGGGUCAGCAGCAUCACGGCUACAUCAAUCUUUUUGAGAUGACCCCCACCGGCAGUACCACUUCCCCUGAGACGAGUGAGGACUCGUUCAUCAUGACCAGUGGUCCCCUUGAUGCCACUGAUGACCGCCGUGCCAUGGAUGCUUCCCGUUCCCUUGAUGCCAUUCGUUCCACUGGGGCCACUGGGGCCACUGAUGCCCCUCGUGUCUCUGUUCAGCAGGGUCCGGGCCGCGUCUCUUCCCAGGGCUCUCAGUCCCUUCUGGAUAAAGAAGGUAGGGCCACCAAGAAGUUUGACCCGACUGCUCAAAUGGCUAAGUUGACCACCAAUGAGCCCAUCGAUGGAUACCCGAAGAACAUUUUCCGCACCAAGUCUCGUCGUCCCUAUGAAUAUGGUGGUGAUAGCCAGUUGAAGUCUCCUAUUACUAGCAAUGCUACUCGUCCCAGCACUGCUGGAAGAGAGCCUGUCAUUAAACCCGAGCAGCGCCGCAAUCUGUACAGCACCCUUCUGUCGAACAGCGAGCCCAUCCACCCUCGCGAUAUGGAGUUCACCUUUGGGGCCAUCGGCGAGCCUGUUCUAUACCCCAAUCGCGAUACCGAGUUUCCUAGCUCCAACGACAGCGCCAGUACUAGCAUCUUUGUCGGUAACCAACAGUUCUUCGUGAAGACCGACAAGAAAAAGAAUAAGCACUCUGGUCGGUCUGACAAUGUCUGA